AUGUCAGGUCCAGACGCGGAAUCAGAUCCCACUUAUACUGUGUUUGUAAAACUACCAUUUCCGCGUGGCGAAUUUGUUGAUCCUCCAGCGGUGGAAUGGGAUGCAGGAAAAGACAAGGCUCUUUGGAAGAUAUUGCUCAAAGCUCCAAAGAAUAGCGAUGUUGAUUGUAAGUGCUUGGAAUUAGCUACGAAAUUCGAAGUUACUCUUCCAUUCCUUCUUCAGCAGGUAGCAUGGCUUUACGAACGACAAUUUUCACAAGUUCGUGAGCAGAUGAGGAAAGCCACGGUAUCUAAAGGCUCUUUGGCUCCGUCGCCAGUUCCAGACAGUACAUCUGAACAAGCAGGCGGAGAAGAAAUGAAGAGAACUGGAUCUGGAGGUGGAGGUAACUCGCAAGCGGCAUAUGAAAUCUAUCAGCUUAGGAGCUCACAACUAGCAGGCCCACGAAUUCAGUCCUCUCUUUCCAAUAGAAAGAGUACUCCAUUCUCGAAAAAUGAUGGAAGUGUGCCAAAUACCCCUAAUCGCGCAAUGGCUCCGCCGUUCUCUCGCACAUCAUCUCGGGAAACAACUGUUCAAUCUCGCACAUUUGUAGCACCAACUUCGCGACCAACUCAAGCCACCACGAAUCGACGAUCUCUCUCACCAAAGCAGCGAUCACGACCACCAUCAUUGGCAAUUGACCAUCCAACUAGAAAUUCUCCACAACCGGCGCAACUCUCUUCUCCUGAGGAUUCCUCCGAUGACGAUCCUUAUCCAUUCCAAUCAACCCUGCUUAACAAACGCUUUCCUUCUAUCAAGAAAACGAACAAAGAUCCCUCAUCAGAUGAUGAGCUCACUUUUCUUCCCACCCCGCAAGAUCCAUCCGCUACCCUUCGGGGAGACCCCCGCAAUCCUUCUCGGCGAAUUCCCGCUCACCCCAAGAAAUUAUUGCCAGUCGAAUCGCAGACCUCUGAUUCCUCCACGAGUUCUUCCGCCCCAAUUGUGAACAAGAGACACGAUGCUUUAAGCGGAGGAGGAAGACGACCGCUGACUGGCCCAUUGAGUCCUCGUCGCACAACUGAGCUACAAAGUGAGAGAAGUGAUGGGGGAACACCAAGUAUGGGUAGUAGUUUUAGUGAUCUGGAUGACGCGUCCGUAACGCAAAGCGCACUAGAAGAGGCACUCGCGAGCAACAUGCAGGCAGGUGGCAUGGCAAGUAGAAUGAGCACUAUCAGCCAAGCUCUGAGGAGUCGAUAUCUAUAA